AUGGAGGUGCUUCCCGCGGGUGGGGGCCGGACGGGGCGCCCGGAGCUUGAGCGCGGCGGCGAGGCGAGGCUGGAGGAAGCGGUGCCCGGAGUGCCGCGGGAUCCACCCCUCCGCGGGGCGGCGGAGCAGCCGCAGGGCUCCCGGGACUCGUGGGAGGGCGAGGAGGAUCCGGAGCCCGGCGCGCCGCCGGGCGGCCGCACGAGCCGCACGGCGUCCCUGGUGAGCGGGCUGCUCACCGAGCUGUACAGCUGCACCGAGGAAGAGGAGGCGGCGGGCGGGGGCCGCGGGCCCGGGGGUCGCCAGCCGCGCCGCGACAGCCUCGACAGCUCCACCGAGGCCUCCGGCUCCGAUGUGUUCCUGGGCGGCCGCGGCGGCGCCGGCGACUCCCGCGUGCUGCAGGAGCUGCAGGAGCGACCGAGCCAGCGGCAUCAGAUGCAAUACCUGCAGCAGAAAGACACUAAUGAACUGAAGACAAUCCUUCGAGAGCUAAAGUAUAGAAUUGGCAUUCAGUCAGCAAAGUUACUUCGGCAGCUGAAACAGAAAGACAGACUUCUGCAUAAAGUACAGAAGAACUGUGACAUUGUGACUGCCUGCUUGCAGGCUGUAUCACAGAAGAGAAGAGUUGAUACAAAGUUGAAGUUCACUCUUGAGCCAUCUUUAGGUCAAAAUGGUUUUCAGCAGUGGUAUGAUGCACUCAAGGCAGUUGCCAGACUAUCAACAGGAAUACCAAAGGAAUGGAGGGGAAAGGUUUGGUUGACCUUGGCAGAUCAUUAUUUGCACAGUAUAGCCAUCGACUGGGAUAAAACCAUGCGCUUCACUUUCAAUGAAAGGAGUAAUCCUGAUGAUGACUCGAUGGGAAUUCAGAUAGUCAAGGAUCUUCACCGCACAGGCUGUAGCUCUUACUGUGGCCAGGAGGCUGAGCAGGACAGGGUUGUGCUGAAGCGGGUGCUGCUGGCCUAUGCCCGAUGGAACAAAAAUGUUGGGUACUGCCAAGGCUUUAACAUCCUGGCUGCGCUAAUUCUGGAAGUGAUGGAAGGCAAUGAAGGGGAUGCCCUGAAAAUUAUGAUUUACCUUAUUGAUAAGGUACUUCCUGAAAGCUAUUUUGUCAAUAAUCUCCGGGCAUUGUCUGUGGAUAUGGCUGUCUUCAGAGACCUCUUGAGAAUGAAGCUGCCUGAAUUAUCUCAGCACCUGGAUACGCUUCAGAGAACUGCAAAUAAAGAAAGUGGAGGUGGAUAUGAGCCCCCACUUACGAAUGUCUUCACGAUGCAGUGGUUUCUGACUCUCUUUGCUACGUGCCUCCCUAAUCAUACUGUUUUAAAGAUCUGGGAUUCAGUCUUCUUUGAAGGUUCGGAAAUCAUCCUAAGGGUGUCGCUGGCUAUCUGGGCAAAAUUGGGAGAGCAGAUAGAAUGUUGUGAAACAGCAGAUGAGUUCUACAGCACCAUGGGGCGCCUUACCCAGGAGAUGCUAGAGAAUGAUCUUCUGCAAAGCCAUGAGCUCAUGCAGACUGUUUAUUCUAUGGCUCCGUUCCCUUUCCCACAAUUGGCAGAGUUAAGGGAAAAAUACACCUACAACAUUACACCAUUCCCAGUAGCAGUUAAACCCACCUCAGUUUCUGGACGACAUGGUAAGGUCAGAGACAGUGAUGAAGAGAAUGACCCAGAUGAUGAAGAUGCUGUUGCUAAUGCAGUGGGAUGUCUUGGACCUUUCAGUGGGCUCCUAGCACCUGAACUGCAGAAGUAUCAAAAGCAAAUUAAAGAGCCAAAUGAGGAGCAGAGUCUGAGAUCGAAUAACAUUGCAGAGCUGAGUCCGGGAGCAAUCAAUUCCUGCCGGAGUGAAUACCACGCAGCCUUUAACAGCAUGAUGAUGGAACGCAUGAGCACGGAUAUCAGCGCACUGAAGCGACAGUACUCACGCAUCAAAAAGAAGCAACAGCAGCAGGUCCAUCAGGUGUACAUCAGGGCAGACAAAGGGCCAGCCACCAGCAUCCUCCCGUCUCAGGUAAACAAUUCUCCAGUUAUAAACCACCUUCUUUUAGGAAAGAAGAUGAAAAUGACAAACAGAGCUGCCAAGAAUGCUGUCAUCCACAUCCCCGGUCACACAGGAGGCAGAAUAUCUCCUGUCCCCUAUGAAGACCUUAAGACGAAGCUCAACUCUCCGUGGAGGACUCACAUCCGAGUCCACAAAAAGAGCAUGCCGAGGACCAAGAGUCAUCCGGGCUGUGGGGACACCGUAGGGCUGAUAGAAGAGCAGAAUGAGAGCAAGACCGGCCCCCCGGGGGCAGCAGAGCAGUUUUCCUCCAGUUGCGCAGCGACCACUAGAAGAGAAGGCAGCGGCGGGAGGACAAUCGAAGGGCAGUCCCCGGAGCCAGUGUUUGGAGAUGCUGAUGCGGAUGUGGCUGCGGUGCAGGUGAAGUUAGAAGUCUUGGAACUGAACCAGAGGGAUGCCACCGCCGAAUCUGAGCCCACGGUGCACCCACCCUGCCAGCAGCUUCUCCCAGAGCCACCUGAUGUGCCCGGAGAAAACAAAGCCACCAGCAAACCUCCCCAGGGUAGCAAUUCAAAAACCCCCCUCUUCAGCCCUUUUCCCAGUGUCAAGCCACUGCGGAAAUCAGCCACUGCCAGGAAUCUGGGAUUAUAUGGCCCCACAGAAAGAACGCCAACUGUGCACUUUCCUCAAAUGAGCAGGAGCUUCAGCAAAUCUGGCAGUGGAAACAGUGGCACUAAGAAACGAUGAUGUCGCCUUGAAACUUUGUGUCUAGACUCAGCUUUUCCUGGCAGCAUAAGGGUUCCAGCUGAAAGGCUCCAAAAGUUUUAUUUGUCCAAUUAAAACGAAAAGAUAGGUUCAGAGAUGAGCAACAAAGAUGGGAAUUACAAGUUUUAGAAUGCAAGCUAGAAUAGGGAUGUUUUCCCAUCCACUUGAUAACUGAUGAAGUG